GUUAUUCUCCUCAUUAGCUAGGCUUGAGCGUUGCACUACAAUAUUACAAACUCGUUCCUCAAUUUGUUUCCCAAUUUUUUGAAGCAAUGUCGACCGAAGAAAACCCUAAUACCUCCUCUGUAGUUCGCUUGGACGUCGGAGGAAAAAUAUUCCGGACCACCAUUGGUACUUUCACUAAUUGCGAGCCUUAUUCGAGGCUAGCUGCAAUGUUUAGCGGUCGUCACAACUUGCAGCAAGACGAGAAUGGAGCUGUUUUUAUCGACGGGGAUGGAAAACAAUUUAGGCACAUUCUUAACUGGUUAAGAGACGGCAAAGUCCCUACCUUAUUAGAAGAUUCUGUAUAUGAAGAAUUUCUGAGAGAAGCAGAAUACUAUCAGCUAGUUGGGUUAAUGGAUGGAGUACAAGAUGUUCUAAAUAAGAACAAAGGUGAAGAGGACAAGCCUUGUCCAGAUUUAACUCGUGCCGGUGUUAUCGACAAGUACUUGAAAAACCUUCAAGGUCUUGAUCUUUCUGGCCUUGAUCUUUCUUGCCUGGACCUGUCAGAUCUUGCUGGAGCUUCUUUUGUGGGUGCUGGUCUUCAAGGUGCAAAUUUACGCGGGGCAAGUUUGAUAGGCUGUAGUUUUGAGGAGGCAUAUAUGAAAGGGGCAGGCUUUUAUCAUGAGGAUAUGCCGACGGUCAAUUUGAAGGGAGCAAUUGAAGUCGACUCGAUUAUAGUUACAAGAAAGGGGUAGAAUUAGGGUUUAAUUAGUUUAAAACAAAGGAUUCUUUCUGCAUUAGCCAUGGCAAUUGGCAACAACAAAAUUAUUAUUCACUAGUCAUUCCAAAAGAACUCCUUUUUCUUUUGUUUUGGAAUUUUACGUGUGUUUAGAUGAAUCCUUUUGGUGAACAUUUUGGUCAUAAUCGGUAUACUCAUCCUCAUUUUGUUGUGGGUAUGGCAAGUCCCAAAUAUUUGUAUGUUUUAUGAAUUGGACUACUUUCCAACCACUCAUCGCCUUUGGAUCAUCAAUGUAGAAUACUUGUUUUGUUGUA